GAAGCGUUCAAUCUCAAAUCGAUAUUUUUAACAUUUGCCGUCGUAUUUUCUCACUUUUAUGCUAUCGAUUGGGAAGAUGAUGUUUUUUCCUGCUAUAUAGCGCGACUCGUGGCAAAAAUAUGGUUUAUUUUUUCAAUCGUAGAUGUGUCCGAAUGUGUGGCGAGAUCCUUCACUACCAGGCCGCUGCGCCGUCGCUCUCAGCUGCUUCGGCGUAGCGGCGGUGUAAAUUGAUACGUAAAUUUCACAUUAGCUUUGCUGCUUAAAUCAUCUAAUACGCGCUUACGGUGAAGAAAAAAAAGACUCGCCGAGUUGUCGGUGUGCCGCUGUGUUUUUAGAGAAACGAAAAAGGCAUGAAAAUGUUAUAGCGCGCUAAGAAACUGUUCAUGUUUACAUGAAUCGACGUUUCAGGUUGUUACUCAUGUUAGCUUCCUGGCUAGCUGGCGUCCGCUCUUACUGGAGGCUAACUUUAAAAAAUAUAUAUAUUUUAUAAAUGACAUUUUCAUCCCUGAAAACGUUUAUUCCACUGACAUGCUAUUUGAUAAUAAGCAAGUUAGCGCGGGUCAUGUUGAUUUAGCCGCCUACUUCAGUUCAGGCUUGCCUUGGGAGUUCAAGUCCAGUUGGCUCUUUGUCGUCAGAAGAUCAUGACUUUGACCCAACUGCAGAAAUGCUAGUCCAUGAGUACGAUGAUGAGAGGACUCUGGAGGAGGAAGAGUCUCUUGAAGGAGGGGGGAAUAUCAGAUCUGAGAUUGCAGAUCUGGAGAAGGAGGGUAAUAUGCCUUUGGAGGAGCUGUUGGCCAUGUACCGCUACGAGGCGUCAGCUGGGUCCAGUAUAGACAGCUCCUCUGGAGACCUCACAGACGAGCUGCCCGACAUGACUUUAGACAAGGAGGAAAUUGCUAAAGACUUGUUGUCUGGUGAUUACGAGGAGGAGACACAGUCUUCGGCUGAUGAUCUCACCCCCUCGGUCACCUCCCAUGAAACCACCGAUUUCUUCCCUCGGACUCUUCGAUCCAAUGCAAUCUCUGAUGGGGAUAAAGAUUCAGAGUGUGACGACGAUGGCCCAAGUCCAGAAGACUCCAGAAAGGAAAUAAUGGUGGGAGCAGAGUACCAAGCAGAGGUUCCUUCCACUGUCUGCUACUACACAGAAGGACAGAAAGUGUAUGAAGAUGAUGAUGAGUUAAUGUGGAGUCCAGGUGCAUUGCCUGAGAGCAAGGUCAAGUGUUUCCUAACUGAUGUGCUGUCUCGAACGAGCGGCGAAAAGACGGGAUUUGACAAACUGGGCAUGCAUGUGCGAGACAAUGAGCAGGCUUUGUGUGAACUUGUUAGGUGCAACUACAACACCCACGAGGCACUCGAGCAAUACUGUAGCCACCUAAAGUCCUCGAAAGAAAAAUCACCGCCAUGGUCGGAGGAGGAGUGCAAGAACUUUGAACAUGCACUGCAGAUGUACGACAAGAACUUUCACCUCAUACAGAAACACAAAGUCUCAACGCGGACAGUAGCAGAAUGUGUGGCGUUUUACUACAUGUGGAAGAAGUCUGAGCGCUUUGACUUCUUUGUGCAGCAGAAUCGCUUUGGGAAGAAAAAGUACAGCAGCUACCCUGGUGUAACGGACCUGAUGGACAGGCUUGUGGAUGAAGCGGAGGGCCUGGCCGUUGACAGCUCGUCCUCUGUCUGCUCGGGAGGCGGCGGAGGAGGGAGGCUGGAAGCGACGACGGAACAGCAGCUCAGCCUGCUCAACUCCAUCACUGCCAGCGAUCUCACAGCGCUGAGCAACGGCGUGGCGACCGUGUGCAGCCCAGCAGAGGUGUUGGAGUCGUACACCUUCCCCCCCCUGGAGUCUCUCCACCGCGCCUCCCUCAGCCACGACGAGCCGCUCGGCUUCCCUUCCAACGGCGCCGACUCCGACUGUCUCAACAUGCUGGACGCCGGCUUCUACCACUCGGACCUGGGCCAGCUGGGCGGCGUGUGCGUCAACAAAGACUGCGAGCGUCCCUCCAAGAGACUCAAGAUGGCGCUGCCGGACUCCUUUAUCGGCGACGUCUCCGUAAGCAACCUCGGCGUGGACUUUGAAGCCCGCCGGACGCCGUCGCACCACCACCGCAUAACCUCCGCCAAAAUGGCCGUGUCGGUAACGGACUUCGGGAGCUUGGCGGCCGGCGGCGAGCCCAACGGCUUCUUGGGGGCGCACGCACGCCAUCACACGCAGCACGCUGCAGCACUUCAGUCAGAGUGAUCUUCCUUUUUUUGUCUUGUACAUAGACUGACCUCACAGGAGAAUACAUAGAUAUAUAAAUAUAUAUAUAUAUAUAUAUAAAUAUGUACAUAAUAUACUUUUCUUUUUUGUCUAAUAUGACAUCAGUGAUGUCUCUCAUAGAACUAAGAAUCUUGAUUUCUCUCAAGAGUUUAUAACAGCCAUUUUAUUGACUUGUUUGUCGCCGUGGUAACGUCCAUGUCCAGUACACUAGGGGGAGGCUGCGUGAUUGUCCUACUUGUCUUUUUUUUUCCUUUUUUUUUUUUCUUCCUGCCAUUCUUCUCCGCUGCCAAAAUGAUCCUCGCUCUUGGUGCUCGUCGCGCUUACUUCAAGUGGUACUUUAUUUGUUGUUCAGUCUCUUGGUUUACAGGUACAUUUUGCAGUAAAGCAGGCCGUCGCAAUGCCA